GAUUAUCGAUUACAAGUCCAGCAGUGAUCCAAAGUUCACUAAAAAACACCUGGGAUGAUGGUUGAAACAGCACCAUCAUGAACUUGAAGACGCUUUCCUGGAGGAUUGCAUGUACAGUUGGCUCCGCUGCUUCCAACAGCCUGAGCUGCGUGCGGGAUGCAGCCUCUGCGGGCAGCCUGCGGGGCCGCGGCUCCGUGCGGGGCUACUACAACGCCGGGACGUCCAGGUACGCCGGCCCGGGCGGGGCGACCCACGUGCGGGUGCUGGACCUCCGCAGCGACACGGUGACCAAGCCCGGGCCGGCGAUGCGCAGAGCCAUGGCGGAGGCCGAGGUGGGGGACGACGUCAUGGGGGAGGACCCCACGGUGAACGAGUUGCAGAAAAUUGCAGCUGACAUGUUUGGGAUGGAGGCCGCUCUGUUUGUCCCUUCUGGUACCAUGAGUAACCUCAUUGCAGUGAUGGUGCACUGCAGAGAGCGAGGUGAUGAGAUGAUUGUGGGCGAUCUGUCUCAUCUGCACAUCUAUGAGCAGGGAGGUAGUGCACAGCUGGCUGGCGUCCACGCCACCACGGUGACCACCCUCCCCGACGGGACAUUUGACUUGGUGCAGCUGGAGUCAAAGAUCCGCCACGGUUACCCAGACCCCCACUACCCGCGCUCACGCCUCGUAUGUGUGGAGAACACGCACAACAUACAGGGAGGACGUGUGCUUCCUCUGCCCUUCCUGCAGGAGGUUCGCUCUGUAGCAGAUCAAUAUGGUCUGUCAGUUCACAUGGAUGGAGCCAGAGUGAUGAAUGCUGCUCUGGCCCAAGGGGUGCCUCCAUCCACCAUACUGCAGCACACACACACAGUCAGUGUCUGCCUGUCCAAGGGUUUGGGUGCCCCAGUUGGAACCAUGCUUGCUGGACCCCAAGACUUCAUAUCCAAAGCUGUACGAUGCCGUAAAGCCCUUGGAGGAGGAUUGCGGCAGGCUGGAGUUCUCGCAGCAGCUGGAAAAAUGGCUUUACAAGACAUGGUAGGAAGACUAGAGGAGGAUCACCGCAAUGCAAAAACAUUUGCUCUUGGCCUACUUGACUGUGACCCUUCUCUCUUCGCCGUGGAUGUGUCUGCCGUGGAAACAAACAUCUUGCGUUUCAGACUGAAGGAUUCAACUUUGAGUCCCAACGAGUUUUGUGCACGUAUGCGUGAGGUCGGGGAGGGCGAAGAAGCAGCUCUGGGGCAGGGGGUGCAGGUUCUCAUGUACCCUCAUUUUGAGAACUCCGUCAGGGCUGUGUGGCAUCUUGGGAUAUCUGAGGAAGACACCCAGUUGGCCAUCCGGAAAAUGCGAUUUGUAGCCUCUCGGCAUGUAAAAGAAAAAGUCAGGGUCUAGUGAAAAGUCAUGACAGGUAGUAUUGGGGAUAUACUGUAUGUCACAUGUGAUUAAUGCAGCUGCACGCACCUUGACUGUUAACCUCUUUGAACUGUUAAUUUCCUUUUAAUUAAUUUUAAAAAGUAUUUAUCAUUAAAA